AUCAGCAGCCUGCUGGAGAGGAUUUAAGUGAGGGGGAAGAGACAAAUACACAAAAAGAGGUGGAAAGAUCUGAGGUGAAGACCACGCUCUGUCAGAAAUACUGAGACGACUGAAGUGGUGGAAGGAUGUGGAGGCUCGUGCUGACUCUCACUCUAUUCUGUUGGGGAUCUGAAGGCCAGCUGCAGCCAGUGACCUGCAGAGAUAACAAUGGUGCUGAAGUGGACUGGUUCAUCAUUUACAAAGCACCUGGAGAAAUUAUCCGUGGAACUAGAACAUAUAAAAAGGAGAUGAAGUACUUUUACACUGAUUCAGCAGCCAGAGUGUCACACAUGUUGCCCGGUGCAUCAGGCUACAAGAACCUCAACGAUCCGUCUGGUGCCUUGGCCAACACACUGAGGCCAGUCUUGAAGAAAAUUAGAAACAUGCCACCAAACUUUGGAUUCAUCAGCUACAGCGAUCAACCUCCAGGAUGUCAAGCAAAGCUUGACUUUGGGCACAGUAAAGGGGUGAUCAUGGUGGAAAAAUACAAUAAUGGGGUCUGGCUCUUACACAGUACGCCUCGAUUCCCCUUCAGAAGAGACCAAAACUAUUUCUGGCCUGACAGCGGAUUAAGAAAUGCUCAGACGUUCAUCUGUGUAACUUUCCCCUACGACGAGUUCAGAAACAUCGGUAAACACCUGCAGUACAUCGGAGCUUUUCCAUUUGAACAUGAUAUUCCAGAUGAUUUCCAUCAAGAGCUUAUAGACGCAACAAAAUGGGUUCAAGCUCCCCCACCGAGUAACUACCGAGCACUGACAUCAACAGGAGGUCAGAGGUUUCUUAGCAUUGCUAAACAGGUGAAAACAACAGACCCUGGAAACAAACGACCAAGAACAACAGAUGGAGACCUGUACUACACCAUUGCCCAGUCAGUCAGCAGUCAUGUGUAUGUGCAGACUUGGGGCUGCCAUAAAGAUCGUACCUCUUCUGACUGCUCAGACCCACUUCACAAAGUGUACAACAUUAAAACUAUAAAUAAGGUUCUGGGUCCUCAGAGUACAUGGGAGCCUAAAAGUGACCAUUCAAAGUGGUGUGUGACCAAAAGCCAAAACAAAGCCUGGACCUGUAUAGCUGACGUCAACAGGGCUGAAACCCAGUACAAGAGACGAGGUGGGGCGCUGUGCAUUGAGAAUGAAGCCGUAAGAAACAAGUUCCUGGAGUUUGCUGAAGACUUUGAGGACUGUAUGACCCCAACCAUCAUGGACACUGACUCUGACUGUGACACUACUGACUGAUGGGUCCAUGGUACUGCCAUCCACAUGGACUCUUCAGUGAUAGGCUGAAUACAGCUCAACUUACUUCACUGUGGACUUUGCCAGUCCUUCUGUUUAAUUAAAAAAAAACAUGAAGGAAAACAAAGAUUCAAAAGUGUUUGUUUAAUUAUCAGUCUGAAAAGAUCUGUGGCAAGUAUUACAAUAUGAUAAACAAAGGGCAGUACCCACUGUCCAUAGUCAGCCACUGUGCUCAGUUAUGCAAAGGUGGUUUGUGCUGGAUAAAUUAAAUUAAAUCUGUUUGUUAUUCUCUC